AUGUUGCAUACUCCCGCGCCCGGGCCCGCUCGGGGCCGCGCGGUGGUCACGCUCCGACGGGCUCUGCCCAGCAAGACCCGGCCGGUUCUGCUGGGCGCCCUGCCCCGGCCCUGCCCCGGCGUUCAGGCCGAGGCUGCCGCGCCUUACCUCCGCCUCAGGCACCCUCGCGGCCGGCGUCCCCGCGCGGCACGGCGUCCCCCGAGCGCGCCUUCUCAGGGUAGAGGAAAGGUGGUACCUGAACCACUCAGUACGGAGUCACUUACUCUGGAUGUUUACAGAUACAAGGAUUCAUUGAAAGAAGACCUUCCGAAAGCAGAUCUUGUUAUUAGUCACGCAGGUGCAGGAAGCUGUUUGGAGAGUCUGGAAAAAAGAAAGCCGCUCACAGUGGUUAUAAAUGAAAAGUUGAUGAACAAUCAUCAGCUGGAAUUGGCAAAGCAGCUACACAAAGAUGGGCAUCUCUUCUACUGUACCUGCAGCAUGCUUCCUGGGCUGUUACAGUCAAUGGACUUUUCAACACUGAAAUGCUUUCCUCCUGGCCAGCCAGAAAAAUUUUCUGCAUUUUUGGAUAAAGUUGUUGGAUUACAAAAAUAAACACUAAA